AUUUUUCAGAACGAGCGAGAAAUUGGUCAAGCGAUAUCUCAAAUGAUCCAAUCUGGGAUAGUUUGUCGAAAAAAGUUGUUUAUUACGUCCAAAAUUGGUCCAAAAUCUCAAGGAUAUGAAAAAGCUUGUGAAUCUAUCAAGAAUUCGCUUGAUAGAUUUGGUUCAGAUGUAGGAUAUAUUGAUCUCAUGCUUAUUCACUGGCCAGGGAGUCAGGGUAUGAAACCAGAAGAUCCUCAGCAUAAAAUAAAUCGAGCUGGUACGUGGCGAGCAAUGGAAGAAGCAUACAAGGCUGGAUCUAUUCGAGCUAUUGGUGUAAGCAAUUACACUGUCAAGCACAUUCAGGAAUUCACAACAAUGAUGCACGAAAACAAAUGCACAGAUCCAGACGAUGUACUGACGAUGCCUAUGAUAAACCAAUUUGAACUUCAUCCCUUGCUAUGGAAUGAUACCACACAGAAACUGAUCGAGACAUGCCAUAAUCUGGACUGUCGUGUUGCGGGAUAUUCGUGUUUUGGAAGUGGAUUAUUGAUUGAUGGAUCUGCUAUUGGAAACAACGGCUUGACACUUGCCGACUUUUCAACCAAGAUCGGUGCUACUGUGUCGCAAGUUUUAAUCAAGUGGGCCAUCACUCGUGGAGAUAUUGUAAUGCCCAAAGCCAGAUCUGAGGCUCACUUGCUCGAAAAUCUUAAUGCUGCAUAUUUAGAGCUGAGUGACGAGGAUCUGAAAUGGAUUGACUCUCUGGCACAGAUUUCAGGAAUCAAAAGAUUCUGCUGGGAUCCUACAAAUGUAUGCUGA